GCCCGCAGGCAGAUUAUUUUUCACUUUGAAUUCUAUCUCUCUGGAUGGAGUUAUAAACAAGCUCGAUCGAUCAUUGCGCCUUUGAAUUUAAAAUAUAUAAUCUAUAAUACGUACGUAGUGAGUAAUUAAAAAUUGCAUGCAGUGAAAAAUAAAAUGUGGAAGCUAAGGAUAGCAGAAGGAAAAGAUGGGUUGCUAAGCACGACGAACAACUUCAUCGGGAGACAGCACUGGGAAUUCGAUCCCGACGCCGGAACGCCGGAGGAGAGGGCCGAGGUUGAAAGGCUACGUGCCGAAUUCAAGAGGAAUAGAUUCACAAGGCAGCAAAGCUCCGAUCGGCUUAUGCGCUUGCAGUUUUCGAAGGAGAAUGGAUGCGGUCCAAUUCCAAGAGGCGUCAAAAUAAAAGAAGAGGAGGGCAUCACAGAGGAAGCAAUAACAACAACACUUAGAAGGGCAAUCAGUUUCUACUCGACCCUUCAGGCUUGUGAUGGCCAUUGGCCCGCUGAGUCUUCUGGCCCUUGUUUCUUCCUUCCCCCCCUUAAUGAAGAUGGCGGCUGGGGAUUGCACAUAGAGGGUCCUAGCACCAUGUUUGGCAGUGGAAUAAGUUACGUGGCUCUGAGACUGUUAGGGGAAGGGCCUGAUGAUGGAGAAAAUAGGGCAAUGGAGAGGGGACGAAAGUGGAUUCUUGACCAUGGUGGCGCUGUAGGCAUUCCUUCUUGGGGGAAAUUCUGGUUUGCUGUAUUAGGGAUUUAUGAGUGGGAUGGUUGUAAUCCCUUACUCCCAGAAAUGUUGCUUCUUCCUAAGUUUUUCCCUAUCCAUCCAGGUAAAUUUUUGUCUUAUAGUCGCCUCACUUUCUUUCCAAUGACGUAUGUGUAUGCAAAAAGAUUCGUUGGACCACAAACUCAAGUUGUUCUCUCUUUAAGACAAGAGCUUUACACCCAUCCUUACAAGGAGAUUAAAUGGAAUGACCUUCGUUUCAUGUGUGCUAAGGAAGACAUUAAUUAUCCUCUCAAUUCAAUGCCAUUCUACCUCUAUGAGUUUAUACAAUAUUUCGUAGAGCCUCUCCUAAAGAUUUGGCCAUUUUCAAAGCUGAGAAAGAAAGCCCUUAAGAUGGCAAUGGACCACAUUCAUUAUGAGGAUGAAUGCUCCAAUUACAUGUGCAUUGGAAUUACAAUAAAGACUGCAUGCAUUGUUGCUUGUUGGGAUGAGGAUCCAAACUCAGAGGCAUUUAGAAGGCACCUUGCUCGACUCCCAGACUACUUUUGGGUAGCCGAAGAUGGCAUGAAAGUGCAGUGCUUUGGAAGCCAGAUGUGGGAUUUGUCAUUUAGUGUCCGAGCAAUACUUUCAAGCAAUCUUAAUCAAGAGUACUGGCCAACACUUAAAAGGGCACACGAGUUCUUAAAAGCUUCUCAAGUAAUCUCAAAUCCCCCCAGAGAAUUUCAAGAAAAGUACUAUCGACAUGAGAGCAAGGGAUGUUGGACGUUCUCAAACCAAGAUCAUGGCUGGCAGGUAUCUGAUUGCACAGCAGAAGCCCUUUUGGACGGCGUGGCUUGGGUGACCCAAACGCCGGUGCUAGAGCUCCGGAUCAGCGGUGACAGCAUGGGCUUGGGCCUGGGUAGCUGGCCUGGGGUGGGGGUGGGUAGGGUAGGUGGGCCUAGGGCCGAGAAGGUCGGGAUAGGGGCUGGGGUUCGGUGUCUGCCAGGGCUGUCCAUGGGUGGAGCGGGGAUUCGAUCCGGAGCUUUGACCUCGACCACGGUUGCGGUGACCGCCAAGGCCACGACCACUGCCGCCGCUGUGCUGCUGCUGUCCUCGGCCGCUGCUGGGGCUGUGGGGCCCGCGCCCUCCGCCGGAGGGGCUGUGGAGGAUGGUGCCGGGGCUGCUGGCCGAGAGUUUGUUGUCGUGGAAGAGAGAGUGAAUAGAUUUCCAGAGUUCCGUCGCCGAAUCGGUAGAGGAGAGGACAAGAUCGGAAACCUCAUCAUUGAUCGUGGAAAGAAUCCACCCUUGGAUAAGUGCGUGAAGUUGGUACCAUUCGGUGUCGUCGGCGCUAGAGGGGGCCGAUUUGCUGGUGAGGAAAUCACCAAGGGAGAAGCGUCGAACCAAGAGAAGGAACAAAUGACUCCACUUUUUAUAGUUUGGCUCUUAGAAACUCAAGAGGAUCGGGACGUGAAGCUUCACGUUAGAGAUGGUUGUAAACGUCAAGUUGCACUUAAGUUUUCUCAAUUGCCAACCCAUGUCAUUGGUGAGGAAAUUGACACCCAACGCUUAUAUGACGCUGUAAAUGUUGUUUUGUCUCUUCAGAGUGAUAAUGGCGGAUUUUUUGCAUGGGAGCCCAGACGAACAUAUGAGUGGGUAGAGAAGCUCAAUCCUUUGGAGUUCUUUGAAGACGUUCUAAUCGAGAGGGAGUAUGUGGAAUGCACUUCCUCAGCAAUUCAAAGUCUUUCAUAUUUCCAAAAGUUACAUCCCCAACACAGAAAAUCUGAAAUCGAAAGUAGCAUCCAAAGAGGCAUACGAUAUGUGGAGAAGAUGCAAAACCUCGAUGGGUCAUGGACGGGUAAUUGGGGGAAUUGUUUUACGUACGCGACAUGGUUUGCUGUGGAAGCAUUGGCAACAUGUGGGAAAAAUUGCAGUAAUAGUGUUGUUGUGCGUAAAGCUUGUCAAUUUUUGCUCACAAAGCAGCUCCCUGAUGGGGGAUGGGGAGAAAGUUAUCUAUCUAGUUCAAAAAAGUCAACGAGACUCCGAUACCAUGUCAAGGGCAUCAAUGAGGGCCCUGUUUUGAUCGACAACGUCCACGAUGACGACGAGCUUUCCAUAGUCCUUUCCGUAGUUGACGAGAGCGACACGGCCGAUCUCCACGUACCUCUUAAACGGCAUUUUCGCCUCCGUGAGGUAGACUAUAAAUAACUGUUCUUAAGUACUAUGAUUUGGACAGGAUGGUAUCGCUUCCGCUGCGAUGAGGGGAAGAUAUUAUUCUUAAGUACUAUGAUUUGCUACCAUACAUAAUGUAUGAUAUAAGAGAGAGAGAGAGAGAGAGAGAGUGUGUGUGUGUGAGAGUGAGAGUGAGAGAGACAAAGCGAAAGAUAGUGAGAGAGAGAUUUGGGGAAAGAUUUAUCAUUUAUUGGAGAGGGAUAGUAUCUCUAAGUACAAUGAUUAGGCACCAUAUACAUAGUGUGACAUAAAAGAGAGAGAUAAAGAGACAGAGAGAGAUUGAAAAAGAGAUUUAUGAGAGAGAGAGAGAGAGAGAUUACCUCAAUAUGCCCUCGUAAGAUUGAGGUACAUUUGUAACAUUUUUAGACAAAGAGAAACAUAACUUGUGAGAUUUUUAUAUACUAAAAAAGUCACAAUGAAAGAUAUCACUAGAGAAAAAAACACCAAGUCUAGGCAACAAAGUUAUUUGAAGAAAAGAAUGUCUCAAAU